GGGCCACUGUUACUAGUGAGGGGAAGAUGGCGGCCGCGAAUGUGUUGGUUCCCGCAGAGUGGAUAAAGAACUGGGAGAAAUCUGGGAGAAGCGACUUUUUGCAUUUAUGCCGGCUUCUCACUGAAGAUAAAAGCCAUGACAGUUCAACCUACAGAGGUAGCUGUACCAGUCAUAAAUGUGGGAGAAAGCUAGCAAGCAUGGAGGAAGAAACUGUUUUGUUCCAGUUUGAAAUAGAAAAUUUCCAUGAACAGAAUUUCCAACAAGCUCUCUAUGAGUUGUCAUAUCAUGUCAUUAAAGGAAAUUUAAAGCAUGAACAGGCAUCUAGUGUUCUUAAUGACAUCAGUGAAUUUCGUGAAGAUAUGCCUUCUAUUCUUGCUGAUGUAUUCUGCAUAUUAGAUAUUGAGACAAAUUGUUUAGAAGAAAAAAGCAAGAGAGACUAUUUUACACAAUUGGUAUUAGCAUGUUUGUAUUUAGUUUCUGACACAGUUCUAAAGGAACGCCUGGAUCCAGAAACAUUGGAAUCAUUAGGGCUUAUCAAACAAUCACAGCAGUUCAAUCAAAAAUCAGUGAAAAUCAAGACGAAACUCUUUUAUAAGCAGCAAAAAUUCAAUUUGUUAAGAGAAGAGAAUGAAGGUUAUGCCAAGCUGAUUGCUGAAUUGGGGCAAGACUUAUCUGGAACUAUUACUAGUGAUUUAAUCCUAGAAAAUAUCAAAUCUUUAAUAGGAUGCUUUAAUCUGGAUCCCAAUAGAGUCCUGGAUGUAAUUUUAGAAGUAUUUGAAUGCAGGCCAGAACAUGAUGACUUCUUUAUAUCUUUAUUAGAAUCUUAUAUGAGUAUGUGUGAACCACAAACACUGUGUCAUAUUCUUGGGUUCAAAUUCAAGUUUUACCAGGAACCAAGUGGAGAGACACCAUCAUCUCUAUACCGAGUUGCAGCAGUACUUCUGCAAUUUAAUCUCAUUGAUUUAGAUGAUCUUUACGUACAUCUUCUUCCAGCUGAUAAUUGUAUUAUGGAUGAAUACAAACGAGAAAUUGUGGAAGCUAAGCAAAUUGUUAGAAAACUUACAAUGGUUGUAUUGUCUUCUGAAAAACUUGAUGAACGAGAUAAAGAAAAGGAUAAAGAAGAUGAGAAAGUAGAGAAGCCACCUGAUAACCAAAAACUUGGUUUGUUGGAAGCUUUAUUGAAGAUUGGUGAUUGGCAGCAUGCACAGAGCAUCAUGGACCAGAUGCCUCCAUACUAUGCAGCUUCACAUAAACUAAUAGCCCUUGCUAUUUGCAAGCUCAUUCACAUAACUAUAGAGCCUCUCUACCGCAGAGUCGGCGUUCCUAAAGGUGCUAAAGGCUCACCUGUUGGCGCUUUGCAAAACAAGAGAGCGCCAAAGCAAGCAGAGAGCUUUGAAGAUUUGAGGAGAGAUGUGUUUAGUAUGCUCUGUUACCUUGGUCCUCAUCUUUCUCAUGAUCCCAUUUUAUUCGCAAAAGUUGUGCGCAUAGGAAAGUCAUUUAUGAAGGAGUUUCAGUCUGAUGGAAGCAAGCAAGAAGAUAAAGAGAAAACGGAAGUUAUCCUUAGCUGUUUGCUUAGCAUUACUGACCAGGUACUACUUCCAUCUCUUUCUUUGAUGGACUGCAAUGCUUGUAUGUCAGAGGAACUUUGGGGAAUGUUUAAAACCUUUCCCUAUCAGCAUAGAUACCGACUAUAUGGCCAGUGGAAGAAUGAAACUUAUAAUAGUCAUCCGCUUUUAGUAAAAGUUAAAGCUCAAACAAUAGACAGAGCCAAAUAUAUCAUGAAGCGUCUAACCAAGGAAAACGUGAAGCCUUCAGGAAGACAAAUUGGGAAGUUGAGCCACAGCAAUCCAACCAUUUUGUUUGAUUAUAUUUUGUCACAAAUACAAAAAUAUGAUAACUUAAUAACACCUGUAGUAGAUUCAUUGAAAUACCUCACUUCAUUGAAUUAUGAUGUCUUGGCCUAUUGUAUUAUAGAAGCUUUAGCGAAUCCAGAAAAGGAGAGGAUGAAACAUGAUGACACAACCAUCUCAAACUGGCUUCAAAGUCUGGCUAGUUUCUGCGGUGCAGUUUUUCGUAAAUAUCCAAUUGAUCUUGCUGGGCUUCUUCAAUAUGUAGCCAAUCAGUUAAAGGCAGGCAAAAGUUUUGACCUACUUAUAUUGAAAGAAGUGGUACAAAAAAUGGCAGGAAUAGAAAUUACAGAAGAAAUGACAACCGAACAGCUAGAAGCCAUGACUGGUGGGGAGCAGCUAAAAGCUGAGGGUGGUUAUUUUGGCCAGAUCAGAAACACUAAGAAGUCUUCCCAGAGAUUAAAAGAUGCCCUGCUGGACCAUGAUCUUGCUCUUCCUCUCUGUUUGCUUAUGGCUCAGCAAAGGAAUGGGGUUGUCUUCCAGGAAGGUGGGGAGAAACAUUUGAAACUUGUGGGAAAACUCUAUGACCAGUGUCAUGAUACUCUAGUACAAUUUGGUGGUUUUUUAGCAUCAAACCUAAGCACAGAAGAUUAUAUAAAGCGAGUGCCUUCUAUUGAUGUGCUUUGUAAUGAAUUUCACACACCUCAUGAUGCAGCAUUUUUUCUGUCCAGGCCAAUGUAUGCACACCAUAUUUCAUCAAAAUACGAUGAACUUAAAAAAUCAGAAAAGGGAAGUAAGCAGCAGCAUAAAGUUCAUAAGUACAUUACGUCAUGUGAGAUGGUGAUGGCUCCUGUUCAUGAAGCAGUGGUUUCUUUACAUGUUGCCAAAGUCUGGGAUGAUAUUAGCCCUCAAUUCUAUGCUACGUUUUGGUCGUUGACAAUGUAUGACCUUGCAGUUCCACACACCAGCUAUGAAAGAGAAGUUAAUAAACUUAAAAUCCAGAUGAAAGCAAUUGAUGACAAUCAGGAGAUGCCUCCAAAUAAAAAGAAAAAAGAGAAGGAACGUUGUACUGCCCUUCAGGACAAGCUUCUUGAAGAAGAAAAGAAACAGAUGGAACAUGUACAAAGAGUUCUACAGAGACUGAAAUUGGAAAAGGACAACUGGCUUUUAGCAAAAUCUACCAAAAAUGAGACCAUCACAAAAUUUCUACAGCUGUGUAUUUUUCCUCGAUGUAUUUUUUCGGCAAUUGAUGCUGUUUACUGUGCUCGUUUUGUUGAAUUGGUCCAUGAACAGAAAACUCCAAAUUUUUCCACACUUCUUUGCUAUGAUCGAGUUUUCUCUGACAUAAUUUACACAGUUGCAAGCUGUACUGAAAAUGAAGCUAGUAGGUAUGGGAGAUUUCUUUGCUGCAUGUUAGAGACUGUUACCAGGUGGCAUAGUGAUAGAGCCACAUAUGAAAAGGAAUGUGGAAAUUAUCCAGGUUUCCUUACCAUAUUACGAGCAACAGGAUUUGAUGGUGGAAAUAAAGCUGAUCAAUUAGAUUAUGAAAAUUUUCGACAUGUUGUACAUAAGUGGCAUUACAAACUAACCAAGGCAUCAGUACAUUGCCUUGAAACAGGCGAAUAUACUCACAUCAGGAAUAUAUUGAUUGUGCUAACAAAAAUACUUCCUUGGUAUCCAAAAGUUUUGAAUCUUGGUCAGGCUUUGGAAAGAAGAGUGAAUAAAAUAUGCCAAGAAGAAAAGGAGAAGAGGCCAGAUCUAUAUGCAUUGGCUAUGGGCUACUCUGGGCAGUUGAAAAGUAAAAAGUCACACAUGAUACCUGAAAAUGAAUUUCAUCACAAAGACCCUCCUCCAAGGAAUGCUGUUGCCGCUGUACAGAAUGGGCCUGGUGGUGGUCCUUCUUCCUCAUCUGUAGGAAGUGCAUCUAAAUCAGAUGAAAGCAGUACUGAGGAGACUGAUAAAUCAAGGGAGAGAUCUCAGGCUGGUGUGAAAGCUGUUAAUAAAGCUUCUAGUGUCACACCGAAAGGAAAUUCUAGCAAUGGAAAUAGUGGCUCUAACAGCAACAAAGCUGUUAAAGAAAAUGACAAAGAAAAAGGAAAAGAGAAAGAAAAAGAGAAAAAAGAAAAGACUCCAGCUACUACUCCAGAGGCCAGGGUACUUGGUAAAGAUAGCAAAGAAAAACCAAAGGAAGAACGGCCAAAUAAAGAUGACAAAGCAAGAGAAACCAAGGAAAGAACGCCGAAGUCUGACAAAGAGAAGGAAAAAUUCAAGAAGGAAGAAAAAGCAAAAGAUGAGAAAUUCAAGACCACCAACCCCAGUGUAGAAUCGAAGUCAACUCAAGAAAGAGAAAGAGAGAAGGAGCCAUCCAGAGAAAGAGAUGUAGCCAAGGAGAUGAAGUCAAAGGAAAAUGUAAAAGGAGGAGAAAAAACACCAGUUUCUGGGUCCUUGAAGUCACCUGUUCCCCGAUCAGAUAGUUCAGAGGCUGAAAGGGAACAAAAACGCCGCAAAAUUGAUACUCAUCCUUCUCCAUCACAUUCCUCCACAGUAAAGGUUACAGACAUACUUCCCAAAGUUCCUCUGGGUUCUGAGAACUAUGCCAGCUCACCUGUCAUCUCCAUUCAUUUUCUACAGGACAGUCUCAUCGAACUCAAGGAAUCUUCAGCAAAGCUCUACAUUAAUCAUACUCCUCCACCACUGUCCAAGAGUAAAGAGAGAGAAAUGGACAAGAAAGAUUUGGACAAGUCGAGGGAAAGAUCCAGAGAAAGAGAGAAAAAAGAUGAAAAGGACAGGAAAGAACGGAAAAGGGAUCACUCAAACAAUGACCGUGAGGUGCCACUGGACUUAAACAAGAGGCGGAAAGAGGAAAAUGGAACAAUGGGGGUUUCAAAACAUAAAAGUGAGAGUCCAUGUGAGUCUCCUUAUCCAAAUGAGAAAGACAAGGAUAAAAAUAAGUCAAAAUCAUCAAGCAAAGAAAAGGGCAGUGGAGAAUCAUUUAAGUCUGAGAAGAUGGAUAAAAUCUCUUCUGGUGGCAAAAAGGAAUCCAGGCAUGAUAAAGAAAAAAUAGAAAAGAAAGAAAAACGGGAUAGUUCAGGAGGAAAGGAAGAGAAGAAACAUCAUAAGUCCUCAGACAAGCACAGAUAAUGAAAACUUUCAACCACGGCUGUGGACAGAGCCCUAAGCUGAAGGUCUCCCAGAGGAGGAUGCCAAAGCUCCAAGCGCCACUCUCAGAAUGCUAUCUCCCAUAAUUCAGAGCUUCUGGUGCUGUCCAUUUUUUGGGAAUCUGCUUUAAGUCAGAAGAUGAAUACAUACCACCAUCCUCUUGACGAGACAUUCCAAAGUCCCUGAUUUUCAGAAAAUUAAUUUCACCUCCAGGCAAUUUCUUGCAGCAAAGCCCCUGUGCAUAUAAUUUUUACUCGAGAUAUGUCAUUAAGAAGCAGCAUCUAAUGAAAAUUUCACUAACUGACUUUAGUUCAUCCUUCUUUCUCCAAAAGCAGAGGAUAUCACCUCCUGGAACCAAUUCCUUAAUGAUGUAGAUAGGCUGCCUUUGUGUGUGAACUACUAUAAGUGUGAAAACAUGGGGAUGAUUUUGUUGCUUGAGAAUUUUGGCUUCUUGUAAAAAUUUUAAUUUUGUUUUCUGGAAAAGACUUUUAUGUGUUUUAACAGUAGUACUGAUUUUAUCCCUUAAUGUGCCCUUACAUAUGUCAUCAAAAUUUCCCUUGCCCAGUAAUUCUCAUAAUGUGACAUUAUCACGAUCGAAAACUCCUUAUGUUCAUCAUCAUGCUCUUUUUUUCUUUAUUGGAAUAUUAGACAUCAAUAGGAUCAAGAACACAUUUCUUAGUGUCCUGAUUAUGGUCAUGAUACCAUGAUGUUCUUAAUUGGCACAUUACUUCUUUCUCAAUUUAAAAUUUAGAUGAAUUUGCCAGUUUUCAAUGGUCUUUAAUAUAUUUACUGUGUGGUGUAGUCAUCACCACUACCUAAUUUCACAACAUUUCUCUUGCCUGCAAAAGAAGCUCCUUGCAGGUUAGUGGUCAUUUGUAACUCUCCUCUUCCCUCAACCUUUAGAAACUAAUAUACUCUAUGAAAUUGCCUAUUUUUGGACACUUCAUAUAAAUAAAAACAUGCAAUAUUGUGGCCUUUGGUGCCUGGCCCCUUUCAACUAGAAUCAUGUUUUCAAGAGUUAUCAACUUGUAGCAUGUAUCAAUAAUCCAUUCCUUUUUGUGGCUAAGUAAUAUCCCAUUGAAAGAAUGUGUAUCAUAUUUUGCCUAUCCAUUUAUGAGUUAUCUGAUAAGACAGGAACAAAAUAUUUUUAAGUAUUAAGACUGUAAGUUCAACAUCAGCGUACCCAAAAUUAUAAUUGAUAAUGUCAAGAUUGUACAUGGUUUGAACAGAAUGUUGUUUAGAAAUUAAAUGUAAAUUAUUUGUCAACAUUUCAUGCAAGUGUGAUUAUUUUUAAGGCCCCUUCUAGAUCUGUUUUUAUUAAAUAUGUGAAUGUAGUAUUUUUCAUGAGUAAAGUUUAAUGCAUUAGCAUUAAUUUAAAAAUCUGAGAACAAUGUUUAGGCAGAUAUAAAAUUAUUUGCCAUGUGCUGUAAUGAUUAUGUUUUGAAUUUAUUUCAUUAUGCAGUAUUGAAAAUGUCAAUACAUAAAGGAAAGGAAAUGAGUAUAAUUGAGUCAAUAUAUUUUUAAAGCAAUUUUUAUAAUUUAGCAGACGUUGCAUCUUAAUAUAAUUCACUAUUAAAAUUAUGUCUUUGUGGAAAAUUUGAUGUCAUUUCUCUCUUUUUUUGUUUGAUCAUACUGUAAACUCGGUUCCUGUUUUGCUAUAUGUUCUGUUCAGGUGUGAUAAGUUAUUCGUUGCUCUUGUACAGUGUUGUGCCUGUUGCUGUGUCAUCCUUUCUUCCGUACCCCACACUCCUGCUCUCAGACAAAAUGUGGUUUUUUUCAGACAUAGUGUGCCUAUCCUACUGGUUCUAAGAAUGGACAGUAAAAAAGACACAAAUAUUUCAUCAUUUUUGGGAACUUAAUUUAAGUCUUUAUCAUUGACAAUACAUUAAUCUUCCUUAAUACUCCUUUUCCCUCCCGCUGUAUUCUUUCCCCCUUGCACCUUCUUCUCUUUCUCUUCAUCUACUUCUCUGCUUGUAUUUCCUUCCCUUCCUUAUCUAUCAAUAUAACCAAUUUGUUUCUUUCAGAUGAGACUGGAAUGAAAUUGCUCAGCUGUGACCAGAAAUGUAUUUUCCUGAGUACAUUGCUGAGAAUGUUAAAUGAAGAGGGCCCAUUUUCAGUUAUCUUCUUUAUUGGUCCAUGCAGAAACCGAAAAUUGUUGAGUGUUAUUGUAUUUUAACUGGUUGCUUAAUUUCUACAUGUUUAUUUUCAGUAAUGGCUGAAAGUGUUAAUUAUUCCAUAUUUUUUGGCACAAUGUGCUGCAUAUAGUUCCCAAUAAAUAAGGUUACAUGUGUACAGAAUUUCACUUUUGAUUAAAUAUUGCCUGGGGUUAGCUCCUCCCAUAUGAAAGGCUUCCUUUAUACUGUUUGAAACUGAAAAUAAACAAUUAUUGGAUAAUUUUGAAUUUACCUCAUUUUAGAACUCAGUUUUAAUUUAUUUGGGCUGUUUUUAAUAUUAGUCAUGGAAAAUGAAGUGGAAGCAGUGUCUUCUGCAAUGCCUAAGAAUCGUUCUAUAAAGUAUGUGUACAACAUUAAACACAUUUGCAAAAGAAAAAUGUACCAGUGCUUACUUAUCCCUUGCCACUUUUUCUUGUAAUUAGGCAAGUCUUGGGGGGAGGAACAAAAAGAUAAUUAUGUUUUAAUUCUACAGCUACAAGAGCUUUGUAUUGCUAAACUUACAUCUGGAAAAGUUUCACAGUGACAUUUUUAAAAGAAUUUUUUAUCUACUGAAUUCUACAAGUGUAACCUUUUUUCUAAAUAAACAAUAGUUUUCUCAAAUGACUGCA